GCAUUGCAGAAGUUGGAAACUAAGGUAACGAAGAACAGAGAUGAAGGAAUGAGACCAGAAAACAAAAGCAAAAACAGAUAUAAGAACAUCCUUCCCUUUGAUGAAACUAGGGUUACCUUGCAAAACGCAGAUCCCAAUGUUGUCGGCUCUGAUUACAUCAAUGCCAACUAUGUUAUAAACAAAUUAAUGGAUAUUAAUGACCAGAAAGUUUACAUUGCUUGUCAAGGCUGCCUCUUAACAACUGUAAACGAUUUCUGGCAAAUGGUAUGGCAAGAAGAGUCACGAGUAAUUGUCAUGACAACAAGGGAGGUUGAAAAAGGACGGAAUAAGUGUGUGCCAUACUGGCCAACUACUGAAGGAGAGUCAAAGGAAGCAGGCAGAUAUGUGGUGACGUUACUGUCUGAGAAGGAUGCCGCUGAUUACAAGAUCAGAGUGAUGGAGCUCACAGCACCACAUCGGGUAAGAAAACAGUCUUUUCAAUACCUCUGUGCAACCAUUCACACAAGCACACACCACAUUUCUGCAUACAGCACCUGCGGCCCAGAUUCUGUCCCUAUAUCUCAUUCUCUUUCAAUGCAUUUCAUACCUUUGCCUUGAUAAAACCGUCUGAAGAAAAGAGUAUUGUCUCUUUAAAAUAUGGCCUUUCUGUUAUUGACAAACACAGCAGUUGCA